AUCGUUACCAGGAAAAGUGGAAAUGGACCAAUCGUGCUUGAACAUAACCUUAUUUUUUUAAAGGAGCACCUUAUUUGUCAAGUUCUUCGUCUGAUUCUCCGAGUGUGAAACUUUUGCAGUCGUGAAAUUGAAAUUCGCUCGAACUUAAAUGAUCAACAAUAUUAUGAUAAACGUUGUAACAAAUUCAACUAAAUUUCAGCUAAAUAUUCGACUCAUAAGGAUGCGUAAGGAUCGCCCAACGAUGUACACGGUCGGUUUAUCGAAAGAGAGACGAGCGCUGGGAUUUUUCGGUCGAGAGGAAAGACGAGACGAGGCAAGAUCACGGGGAAGAAGAAUGCUCAGGUUAAAAAUAGCAGCGCCUCAUUUUCAAAUAAAAAGUGAUAAGCAACCUGCAGGAUAACGAUUAAGGAGAAGGGUGAAGAAGGGAGCGCGAGAGGGGGGGAGGGGACGAGAAAAAGGAACGUUACAGAGAGCAGGAAUAGAAGAGGAUGGCCAGAUCCGCAAAAUGGAUCAAAAGAACGAACGGCUGGUUGGCGAAACGAAGAUGUACAAAAGCAACCACGUCCGAACAGCUGGGCGGAGGGGAAAGGAAAAAGAGAGAAGAGAGAUCCUUUGCCGAUAUCUUGGGCUCACUGGAACAUAAUACAUCGGCUAUAACCCGCGCAUGGAUGGUGGUCAAGCUUGGCUCGGUGUUGGUCGGGAUGAAGGUUCUGCUCGCUGUACGUACAAUCAAGUGCAUCUAGCUGCAGAACCGCCCGAGUGAACCUACCUGUUUCUAUCUCCCGCCACGAGACCGCAGGCAGCAUGUUCAAGGCGCAGAUCUGAUCGAAGCUGUCCCGAGGGCAACCUUCGGGUGUCCCUCCGCCUCCAGCUCGACUGCUGGACUGAAAGAAAAGGAAGAGGGAAAGGAACGAGUUCUUCGAUGCCUGGGCGCACAGUCUAGUUCAAGACUCACGAUGAUAGUGAACGUCCCGUGAGGAUUCCACCGACCGGGCUUGCCCUUCUCUCUACCUAAAUAAGAAUCCUAGUGUCACCGAGCGUCGUGGACCGGCCACCGGUUUGCACAGGUCGCGGAACCUCUUACAGAUCAAUUCAGUCCAGUGUUUUUCACCACGUUGAAGCAUGACGGUGAAGAGUGUGAAAACGAAAUUAGUACCGCCGGAUGGUGGAUGGGGAUGGGUCGUCCUUUCUUCGGCGCUUGUUGUGAAUUUCCUCAUCCCCGGCACCGUGAAGUCGUUCGGCGUCCUGUUCGUCGAAUUCCUACACGUUUUCAAAGCCACUUCCACCGCCGCCUCAUGGAUGCCAGCUUUAUGCUACUUUUUGUACAACUCCUUAGGUCCACUAUCGAGUAUAUUGUCGACCAAAUACUCCUACAAAACAGUAACCAUCAUCGGUGGUGCUUUUGCGGCUGGCGGAAUGAUAUUCAGCUACUUUGCUAGUUCAGUUUCCUAUUUGUAUGUUAGCUAUGGUUUGAUGGUCGGAAUUGGUGCUGGAUUAACAUUUCCACCAACAGUGUACAUUGUGACUUCAUACUUUGAAAGACUUCGAGGUUUUGCAAAUGGCCUGUGUAUUUCCGGCAGUGCAAUUGGAACUAUCGUGUUACCACCGUUUCUACAGUAUCUUCUCGACUGUUUCGGUUAUAGAGGUGCGGUAUUAAUUAUGGGUGCGAUCACGCUAAACACACUGGUUUGUGGUUUGCUAUAUCAUCCAGUUGAACAACACAUGAUCAGAGUACCAAUAGAAGGAGGAAUUGACAAUCAAGGAUUAACCAUAGACGAACCGGUUCUUGACAAGAAAAAAGCAACAGCAUCUGUCGCGAUCGAGAAUGAAACAUCGUGUAGCAACGCGGUAUCAGAGAAAGAGAAAAGCGAAACUGACAAUGAGAGUACAGUGAAUAAUUCUGAAGCAAGUUCCUGUUUGGAAGACAAAAAUAAAAAUACGGCUGAGAAUAAAGGGGAUGAAGCAGAGAAGGAGAACACUUUGGAUGAAGAAGAUUCUAAUUUGAGUAAAGAGCAAGAAGAUACUAUAAGUUGUCGAAACGUGGAUCCCUUACGACGAGAAAGCAACACUUCUGAAAUUAACGUAACGUCCAGUAAGUCGAAAAAUGAGAGAUUGGAGCUAAGCAGCGCGUCGUUGAAUAAGAGCAAAGACGAAAGGGUGUUCGAAAACUCUAAAAAAGAAUUGGAAGAAUCGUCUGAAAAAUCAUUGUCUAAAACGUCGUUAUCCAAGGUAGAAGUAACAGGUAAACGACAAUUCUUUGACCUGAGUGUACUUAGGGAUCCGAUUUAUUUAGUUAUCCUCAUUUCAAACUCUACCUCAGCCAUUAGCAAUACAAAUUUUAUGAUCUUACUGCCUUCGUACGCUAUUUCACAAGGAUUUGACAAAAAUUCCUCUGCGUUACUUUUGUCAGUCGUUUCUGCCCUUGACUUAGUUGGACGAAUUAGUGGCGCAUCAUUAUCAGACAUUGAUUUUAUGCCAAAGUAUUAUUAUUUCGUCGGUGGUCUUGGUACCAGUGGAAUAGCACUGGCAUUGUUACCCAUGGCAACGAGUUACACAAUGCUUUCUUUCUUUUGCGCGUUAUUUGGAUUGUCUUCGGGCAUGUACAUCGGUAUCACAACAGUGAUUUUAGCAGAUAUGCUUGGCACAGAGAAACUUAGCUCGUCGUAUGGAAUAUCUUUAUUUGUUAAUGGUGUUCUCCAAUUAAUCGGUCCGCCUAUAUGCGGUGUUGUAUUUGAAACAGUAGGAUCAUAUAAACCCAUAUUUUUAGCCUUUGGUAUUAUACUUAUUCUUGGUACCGCGUUAUGGGCGGUUGUGCCUCUUAUAAAGAGGAGCAACAAAAAAUCUUUGCAAGUUGUAUAACAUUUCGUGAUUAUUAGUUUCUGUAAUGAAUAUUGCACAAUUUUAAAAGUUAUCAAGUAUUAUGAACUUUUUAAUAACAGCAUUUACGACUGCCAUCUGAACCACACGUUUUUUUUUUCUUUUUUUUUUUUUCUUUAGAAAAAUCUUUUAUCAAUAAUCAAAGUUAACCUUUUUGUUCAUAGAUCUACAAUAAAUUGUUAAUAAUACAUCAAUGACAUUGAAUACUGAAUACUGAUACUGAUCUAAUUUUACGCGUGUACAUUCAUAUACUUAAUAACUUGUAGUCUAAUUACUAGUAAUAGUUUUAUUUAGAAAAAUAAAAGUAAGAGGAGAAUAUUUAAGAAGCAAAAUAAUUGGUUUAUUAUGCACAAUUUUAUUAUCGUCAAACAACAACAAUUAAUGGUACAUAUCAGCAAACUUAACUAUUUUUAAUAUGAAUGGGCAUAUAUGCAGUCAUAUAUGAAAUUAAAUUAUCAAAUAAUGAAGAAGAUGAAAGUAAUAAUACAUUAAUCCUAGGUAAAUUACAUGAUUUAAAUUUUUAAAUCAUGAUUACAUAUCAAUUGUGUACUACAUUCCAAAAUAAACAAUUAUAAGGAUAUGUUAAUAUAAUAUUUAGUGAAACUUAGUAUCAUUAAGAUUUUCAAAAACCAACAAUCCAACAAUGCUUGAUAAUUUUCAUUAAAAUGAAUUUAUUCUUUUUGGAGAGAAUUUUUUAGUAUUUUAUAAUUGUGCCAAAGUACAGUAUUGUAUACUAACAUCAGUUUUCAAUGAUUUCUUGGUGCUUAAACUUGAUGUACUAAUUUCGUCUGGCAUUAUAGUACAGUUUGUAUACUAUGUAUUACUGAAUUACAUAUGUCUUUCUGGAAGUAUCAAACAUUAAUAUAUAUUAAGUAGAAUUGUUAUUGUGCAAUAUUUUUACUAUUACUAAAGUUUUUUCUUAGAUAAUUUCAAUGUAUUUUUAUAUAUUCCGCUAGCUAUAAGGAAAUGCUUUACUUUAAAUAGGCUACUUUAAAGAGUCUUUGAAAGUCUUCUGUGAAAAAGAUGUACAUAUAGUUAUUGACAUUUUAGCUGCUUGAAAGCAAUAAUUAUAAUUCCUUCCUAUUGAUAUCAAAGAUAAUCAGAAAUCACAUAUCAUAGGUGUUACUGUCUAUUUUUAUCUGACAAAACAAUUGUUCCAAAAUGAUGGUCCUAACUGUAAACAUGACUUACAAUUAAUCGUUGGGAACGAUCAACUAUAAACUGAUUUCAAUCCUUAUGCACGUGACUAUUUUUCUAUAUAAUAUAAAACAAAAAAUAUGGUGCUAGCUAGUAACAAGAUAUUCAACAUCUGAAACUAAUUUUGCAAUUUUUGUAAAUCGGAGAAAGCGUUUUUCAAAAGUGUUUUCGAUCCGAUUCCUUAAAUUUCACUAAAGCACUUUCAAAAUGUGUUUUCAAAACUCUGAAUAUGUAAAAACCUGAAUUGACGUUUUUUGGCCGUUCAAAGUAGGACAGCUUUAUAAAUAAGCUCACCUUUGAUAGAUGAUCUGAAUAUUUUGAUAAGGUCGCAGAGGGUCCUUUAAAAUUUUUUUUACAGAGAUUUCGUUAAAGUAUUGUACAAGUCUUGUUUUCCAAUACGUAGUAUUUUCAAUUCCAAUUUUAGUAUUAAAUAUACUAGGCAAUUAAAGACUAUGAUGUAAGUGAUUCAUUAUAUUGUUAUAUCAUUGUCUAUAUCGUGAAGAACGAUACUAGAUCCAUUAGAGAAUCUUUUUACUAGGAGAGAUUAUAGAAUUAGUAGGUACCGUUUAUUAUAUGUGCAUAGAAAACUUCAAUUAUACCAAAUACUCAACUGUUUUUUUUUUAUUUAUGUUAGUUAUAAAUUUCCCCAUAUAUUAUGAUUUAACAUCAUUAAUUGCAGAUGAUCUAGAUUUCUGUGCACAUACUAAUAAAAACUGAUUACUUAAUUUUUGUACAAACGUGGUACAUCGAUGCAUAGACAUUAAUUUUUUAGUUCAAGUUUUAUUUGCGUACUGUUUAGGAAACAAAAAAGUCAUCCAUAUAUUACAGUAUAACUUGCUAUAGUUAUCCUCCUUUUUAGAGCUAAUUGUAUUGUACGGAACUUUCGUAUUGUAAAAAAAAAUUUGAUUUUUGUACUGACAUCAAGAA